AUGUUCCGCCUGGGGCUGACUUGCUACUGGCCUUUGGGGACGGUGAUCCUGGCCCUUUGCGAGUCGGCUGCGGGCAGCCAGCUGAGCCCCGAGAAGAGUGGGGUAUGGGGACCCGGCCUGAGAGCAGAGGUGGUCCUCCCCGCCCGGUAUUUUUACAUCCAGGCUGUGGACACGGAAGGGAAAAGGUAAUUCGGUGUAACGCUUUUUUUUGUUUUGUUUUUAAGCGGGUGGGAAUGGGGCUGGGGAGGAGUUAAGGUGGAUGCGAAGCGAUGCGAGAGCCUGGCUUGGCGGAUCUGGAAACGGAUUUGCAUGCCCGUCGCAGGAAUCCGGAAGAGGCGCUGCGUUUUGGAAAGAAAAGCAACUUUUGCGCGUGUUUAUGUGUGUGCGUGAUCCGCUCUGCCCUCGGUAUACAGCUCUGCGGAGAGAGAGGCGAUUUAGCAAACUUUGAUUGGUUGCCCCAGGGCACUCUUCAGUAAGGAGCUGCGAGUAAAUCUGUGCUUUUGGAAACGUCCUUAGAAAACUCACACUUAUCCGCUUUAUGUGUAUGCUUCAAAACAGUGUUAGAAACUGAGAUAUGAAAGCUAGGAACAAAAGGGCUCCUUAAACCGAGGUUAUGGGCACAACAACGGAAUGUCUUUUUUUUAAUAACAAGAAUACAAAGCUGAAAAUGAAGAAACAGCAGCUAAAGCCUUGUGUUCAUUUUUCACAUGGUCUAGUCCUUCCCCUGCCCACCCUCCUAAUAUCUCUUCUCCAGUCUUCAGAGAGUAACUGGAAGUGGGGAAGCAGAAAAAGGUCCUUCUUUCCUUCCACUCUGCAGUUUAAUCUGAAAUCUUAGGCACAGUACUGCACCCAGAGCUCAGAAACUGCUCGUGCUAUUGAAAUUCCCGGUCACAAAAUGCGCCUAGAACAAUGGGAGUUUUGAACGCUGCUUGAAAGUGCAGUGUGUGAUGUUUGGCCCAGAAAGGUGCGCUCAUUUGGGAGCAAACACGGGCGUAGUGUGGUGGGGGGUCAGGGGGGCCCAGGUGCACAGUUUUCAAGGGCACCCCCAAGCAGAGAUGCCUUUCCCACCCUGCCUGCCGUCAGGGGGUCUCUGGGCCCCAGAGCCUGGCCUGGCCUUGCCUCCAUGUACCCAGCGGCUGAGUUCUGUACACCCUCCACGCGCCGGGCACCAGCAAACUCCGCAAUGUUGCUGGGAGGAAAGGGGCAAAUUGUGAAUGCCCCAGAUCAGUGGUUCUCAAAGGGUGUGGCAAGAGAGGAUGGCAAGUGUGGCAGGGAGCUACAAGGACGAUCAAAGAAACAUUUAAAUGUUUCAGUGUAGUAUAGUAGCGAAAUAUUAUUUUUUUGCAGAAUGCGGAUAAGAUAUCUUUUCAAAACGAGAGCCUCAAAGGAGACUGAAGAGAAUCCUAGUUGUGUUCUCCAAUGCAUUUCUUAUCAAUAAAAAAACCCUGAUGUAGUGCAAGCAAAUUUUUAAUCGGAAAGUGGGGCACAGAGAAAACAUUUAGAGAACCACUGCCCUGUAGCUUGCUGUCCCUCGGGCUUAAUACACAUGCAUCUAGACGUGUGAUUUGGGUGGGCAUAAUUUUGCGUGUGUGUGCAUUGGUUUGCAUACUAUAGCAAGCCAAGAGUGUUAUCUGUACUCAGGCUUGUGGUUAAGCUCUUUCCUCCUUAAUCAUGAGCUGCAGCCAAGAAAAAUCUCUGACAAUAGAUGGUUACGGAGGAGUGAGCUUAAUAUCAAGUCCCCUUUCAAUGGUGCAAUCUUGUCCCUGGGAGCCUGCACAGCUGCCCUGAGCCAUAGUUAGGCCACAUCUGCAGGCAUGUAAUGCGAAGCUAAUGCAUUUAAUGCAAAUUUCUACAUAGAAUUUCAGGAAUACAGAAUUUCUUCCAGUCUCUUUUUUGUUCUCUUAAAAAAAAAAAUUAUUUUUGUGACUUUUAAAAUGCCUUUGGAUCCUACAUAUAGGUCUGUGUUGGAUUUCAUAUUGUCUUGGACAACCGAGGUCCUUCUUUGGGGAAAAUAUUUGCAAUUCCUGCCCUUUUUGGCUAUGGUCCUAAACACAGUCAGACUGAUUAAAUUGACUUCAGCUGCUUAAUGGUUUGCAGUGCUGGACCUGCUAUAAUUUAAAUAAGGUUGUAAUUUAACCAAUGUAACAUUAAAAAGAAAAAAAACUUGUAAAGUCUACUGCACUUCAAGUUCAUUCCAACUUUGUUCUUGAAUUUGAAUCCCUGAUGUUUUUCCACUAUAUAGAAAUGAUUGGAAAUAGAAAGAGAAUGAGGCAUGAAUUUACGUGAGUUUGGGUGGGAAAUCGUGUUAUAAUGGAAGCAAAGAAACUGAGCAGUUCAUCAGUGGUUGAGUUUAACUCCACUGGUCUUUUCGGAGCUUCCAGACCUUCAAAAGGAAGUGUGUUUUUUCACAUGGCGCAAAAUGAACUUGUGGAAUUCACUGCCACUAGAUGUGGGGAUGGGCAGUUGGUUAGAUGGCUUAGUCAGAGGAUUAGUCAAAGGUCUGAUCAGUGGCUACUAGUCACAAUGGCUACAAGCAGCCUCCAAGUUUCAGAGGCAGUAAGCUGGGGAACAACCGGAGGACAGGGCGACUGUGGACUUAACUGAGGCAUUCUUGUUUGCUCCUAUGAGAAAAAGGAUUCUAGAUUUGACCUUUGGGCUGAUCCACGAAGAUACAACUUACUUUUUUUCCUUCUUUAUAAACGGGGGAAAAUUCAGCCUGAAACUGAGCCUGAAAAAAUUCAGCCUGAGACUGAAACCAAGGAACCUAAAGGUAAAGGAUCCCUGGACGGUUAAGUCCAGUCAAAGGCAACUAUGGGCUUGCGACGCUCAUCUCGCUUUCGGGUCAAGGGAGCCGGCAUUUGUCCACAGACUAAACUGCUUCUGGUGCAACAGGACACCGUGACGAGUGCCAGAGUGCAUGGAAACACCAUUUACCUUCCCGUUGCAGCAGUACCCGUUUAUCUGCUUGCGCUGCCAUGCUUUCAAAUUGCUAGGUUGGCAGGAGUUGGGACAGAGCAACUGGAGUUCACCCUGUCACGCAGAUUUGAACCACUGACCUUCUGAUCAGCAAGCCCAAGAGGCUCAGUGGUUUAGACCACAGCGCCACCCGCGUCCCUUCUGCCAAGGAACCUACAAAGCACUUAAACACAUAUUUCAGUUUCAGUAUAAUACAUGACAUUAUAGUAUCUUCAUGAGCUAUGCUAGUGUGGGGAGGAACCAUGCAGGUAUUUUAGAUAGGGAGGGGUGUUAAAACACUACCUUUUCUUGCAUUCACAUCUGGGGGGGAAAGGUUACUGAAAACAUUUAGCUCAGUAGGCAUGUUUGCAAGUUAGCUUAUCCAGCUCUGGGUAUUGGUAGAAAACUUCUGGAAAACCUUGGUGUUCAGCAGAAGUUUAAUUCCUGAGAGACAGCUCAUCCGCUAUUACUGAUGCAUGCAAUAUGUACCUAAUGUGGGGUGACAGUGAUGCUCAGCAGGCCUGGUCAGCACUUCAGAUUAACUGAAUAGACACAACCGACCCCAGAAUACGUUGCAGUAUACAAGGGGUUUCUUGGCAGAUGAGCUGCUGUGGAAAGACUUCCCUAGAAAUAAAAAGUACAGUGGUACCUUGGUUACAUACGCUUCAGGUUACAUAUGCUUCAGGUUACAGACUCCGCUAACCCAGAAAUAGUACCUCGGGUUAAGAACUUUGCUUCAGGAUGAGAACAGAAAUCAUGCUCCGGCAGCGCAGCAGCAGCAGGAGGCCCCAUUAGCUAAAGUGGUGCUUCAGGUUAAGAACAGUUUCAAGUUAAGAACGGACCUCUGGAACGAAUUAAGGACUUAACCCGAGGUACCACUGUAAAUAAAUUGAAAAGCAGAGUAUCAGAUAAUAUGAAAUAUUUCAGCUGUCGGUGAGACCCAUUCCCUUGUUGGUUUAACUUUACAAUCCCCAAAGUUUAUCCUUAAACUUUUCAACUCGGGUCUAGAAUUCUAAGCCGAAGGGGGGGGAAAAAAGUUUGAUUUCAUCGUCACCAUCUUUGUUUCCCUGCAUAGGUUUACCGUCUCUCCGGGUGAAAAUGCAUUUCAAGUAAAGAUCACGGCUCCUGAGGAGCAAUUUACGCGGGUAGGAGUGCAAAUAUUAGACAGGAAAGAUGGCUCCUUCAUCGUCAGGUACAGGAUGUAUGCAAGCUACAAAAACCUGAGAAUCGAGAUUCAGGCCCAAGGAGUGCACGUUGCCAAAUCUCCAUAUAGCCUGAAAGGUACAAAAAUGGCAUCUCAUGUAGUAGCAUUAAUCCACACUGUUGGGAGACUCUUAUGCGUUGUAAUUGGGACUGAAGUUUCCCUUGCAAAAGUGAAACCAACUUAUUGGAUGUACCCACUCCUCCCAGUGGACCAUUAAUCCCCCUUUCUGUCUUCCACAAUAUGGGCAAUGAUCUCAAUGCAAGGAAGGAGAAAAGAUUUACCUGAAUUGUGUGACGAAUAAUAAUAAUAAUAAUAAUAAUAAUAAUAAUAAUUUAUUAUUUAUACCCCACCCAUCUGGCUGAGUUUCCCCAGCCACUCUGGGCAGCUCCCAAUCAAGUGUUAAAAACAAUACAGCAUUAAAUAUUAAAAACUUCCCUAAACAGGGCUGCCUUCAGAUGUCUUUUAAAGAUAGGAUAGCUGCUUAUUUCCUUCACAUCUGAAGGGAGGGUGUUCCACAGGGUGGGUGCCACUUCCGAGAAGGCCCUCUGUCUGGUUCCCUCUAACCUCACUUCUCGCAAUGAGGGAACCGCCAGAAGGCCCUCGGCGCUGGAUCUCAGUGUCCGGGCUGAACGAUGGGGGUGGAGACGCUCCUUCAGGUAUACAGGACCGAGGCCGUUUAGGGCUUUAAAGGUCAGCACCAACACUUUGAAUUGUGCUCGGAAACGUACUGGGAGCCAAUGCAGAUCUCUCAGGACCGGUGUUAUAGGGCCACUCCCAGUCACGCGUCUAGCUGCCGCAUUCUGGAUUAAUUGCAGUUUCCGGGUCACCUUCAAAGGUAGCCCCACGUAGAGCACAUUGCAGUAGUCCAAGUGAGAGAUACCUAGAUUCAGAGAUGCAUGGACUCAUCUCUGAGCAUUUACUGCAGGGAUAUGACACCUGUAAGAGCCAUAGUUCCCUCAGCCCUGUUUUACAGAAUGAGCACAGGCCCUGGUGCGACUCCGGGAGGCGAUAUCAGCUAGGCUGUCCCACAGCUGCAAGAAGAAUGCCUGUCCAUUGUUCUGGGAAUUGGUGGAGAAAAUAUAGACGUAUCGUUCUGAGGGUUAAGAAUAAAACCACUGUCAAAUUUUAAUCCAGAAAAAAAGCCUGUGCCCUCCAUCAUCAGAAGUCUUGAAAAAUAUGUGUUUUGGACAGUGCUCUAGAAAACCAGGUGUCUUACUAGAUAUAACGAGGUGCUUCAAAUUAAUUGUAACUCAUCAAAUGUGUACAAUAUGUGACUGCAAACACACGCCUUAAAACAAAUUUAUUGCGUACAGGACCCGUCUAUCAUGAGAACUGCGAUUGCCCCCAGGAAGAUGGAAAUGUGUGGCUGGAAGAAAUGAGCUGCCCUCCAUCCAUUUUGCAGAUUCAAAGAGAUCUGGCGCAUUUCCCCACCGUCGACCCUGACAAAAUUGCCAAAGAAAUCCCACAGCGGUUUGGGCAGAGGCAGAGCUUGUGCCAUUACACCAUAAAAGACAACAAGGUACGCACUCCAGCCACGGAAGUGGCUGUUUUUGCAAAUAAACGUAUGAUACAAUCCCUGGAGAUCAAUGGAGGGUAGUCAUUGCUCCUCUGGAGCCUGCUGUUCAGCUGACAAAAAUCAGCUGAUGUCCUUAUGCAAGUACCUGGCAUAUGCAUGUACCUGCCAGUCACAGUAAACCCUACUGAGGUAGAUGGAGCAAGGGUCUGCCUUGUUGUAAGGCAAGCUUCCUAAAUUCCUACACGUAGCGCAUACAUCAGUGAAACCAUCCUCUGGGUACAGGGCAGCAUGUUCAUUCAAUAAAUAAAAAAAUAAAAUAAAUCCAUUUAUCUGGCCAUACUACUAAUAGGUAAAGGUAAAGGGACCCCUGACCAUUAGGUCCAGUCCUGACCGACUCUGGGGUUGCGGUGCUCAUCUCAUUUUAUCGGCCAAGGGAGCCAGCGUACAGCUUCCGGGUCAUGUGGCCAGCAUGACUAAGCUACUUCUGGCGAACAGAAAGCAGCGCACGGAAACGCCGAUUACCUCCCCCCUGGAGCGGUACCUAUUUAUCUACUUACACUUUGACGUGCUUUCAAACUGCUAGGUUGGCAGGAGCGGAGACCGAGCAAUGGGAGCUCACUCCGUUGCGGGGAUUCAAACCGCCGACCUUCUGAUCGGCAAGUCCUAGGCUCUGUGGUUUAACCCACAGCGCCACCCGCUAAUAGGUAACCCGAGGCUAAAGAGAACACAAGAACUCAGGAAGAGCCAAGGAAAAACCGAAAGAAUUAUUUUGCUAAAUCAGACCAAGUUCCACCUAGUCUGGCAUGAGAAAACCAGUUGCAAGUGUGUAGUAGUUUAUGCGGGGGCAAUUCCCAUCCUUGCUUAUAUUGUCUGCAGCAUCUGAUAUUCAGAGAGAAACUGCCUCUGAAUGUGGUUACUAGCUGUUGAUGGACCAUGAAUUUAUAUAAUGUUUUUAAAAAAUUCUUAACAGAGCAGUUAUUGCAACAUCUUGUGGCAGUAAACGUUGAUAAUGCAUUGUGAAGAAAAUACCCACCUUUUGCCGUGAACAAGAGAUUUUUCUCCAAAGGAGGGCGAUGGUAAUAUUUCAAAGUAGAUGGCGUUGGCAGGCAGGCAUCUUGGGGCUGGAUUUAUUCCCUGAAGACUGGGUCCCUUUCUGGUGAAACGGCUGGCACUCUUGUUAGGAAGGGUUGCUCUUUCCAUGACUUCCAUCUAAUGCUGUGUUGCAGGUCCUUACAGGGUGCUCCUAAUUAGGACUUGCUAAAACUGUUACUGUUGGCCUGGCAAAUUUGUUGGACAUUAGCAAUAGCAGCUGUAAGAGCAAGGUUGUUUCCUGUCAUAUAUUCUGUGUUGUUGGUUCUGCAGUCUUAAAGGUACAUUAGAAAAUGGGGAUGAUCUGAAGAGUUUAAGCUUUGCCUUUCCUUUCCUUUCCUUUCCUUUCCUUUCCUUUCCUUUCCUUUCCUUUCUAUUCUUUUGAGAGGGGAACCUAAUUCAAAUAUGCUCAGUCUGGUUUGUUUGUUUUUAGGUUUACAUAAAGACCCACGGGGAACAUGUAGGCUUCAGGAUAUUCAUGGAUGCCAUCCUUCUUUCUUUGACUCGGAAAGUGAGUAGACGUCUUAAAGAACAUUGUCGUUACAGAUUUUAAUUCUGUUUUGCUUUUAAGUCUAUGUGCUGUGUCCUCUGCCAUGAAUAUGGCACCUGAAGUGCUGUAGUAAAUGGUAAAAAAAAUAAAAAAAAAUAAACACAAUAAAAGGUAAAAACGAGUUAACAAUAAAAAAUGGCAACCUUGAAAUAAACAUUAAAAUAAAACGUAAAGGACCCCUGGACAGUUAAGUCCAGUGAAAGGCGACUGUGGGGCUGUGGCACUCAUCUUGCUUUCAGGCCAAGUGAGCCAGUGUUUGUCCACAGACAGCUUUCUGGGUCACGUUGCCAGCAUGAAUAAACCGCUUCUGGCGCAACGGAACACUCUGACGGAAACCAGAGUGCAUGGAAACACUGUUUACCUUCCCACCGCAGCGGUACCUAUUUAUCUACUCACUCUGGUAUGCUUUCGAACUGCUAGGGUGGCAGGAGCUGGGACAGAGCAACGAGGAUUCGAACUGCUGACCUUCUGAUCAGUAAGAGGCUCAGUGGUUUAGACCACAGCGCCACCCACAUCCCUGAAAACAAAUGACAGCCUCCAUAAGACACAGGUGGAAAAUGGUGCUGUGAGCAAAAGAAACAGAGUCACCCGCCACUAGCCAGCUGGAAUGGUUAUUUAGAAAAGCAUAAUUUUAACUAAAUACUGAAAGGCCAACGAAGAUGUGACUGUCUGAAUUUGAGCUAACAGACACCUGGGGACAAGAUGGGAGCCUGCAGUCCCCUGUAGCUUGUGUCCCGUGUGGCAAACUAGCCAUUCCCAAGUGCUGCUGUCAGCUAGGAGUAACAUUAUUGUCAAGCAGACUUCCCGAUUCCCAUCAGUCUGCAGCAGCCCAGGAAAGUUUUCUUAAUAUACAGUUUCAAAUGCUGGUCUUCCUGGCACUGGUGCUAGACAGGGUCCUUUCUAAGAGUCCUAGAAGGGAAGGCUUAAAUUGGAUCAGAACUGGGCGCUGGGAUUAACCUUAUUCUUCCUAUGUCACCAUCGUUUAUGCUGAAAACCACGCUGUCAUAAAUCCUGCUCUGGAAAAUCUAUUGUCGAAGAGUCCCUGGAGUCGUCUCAUCACUGGAAUUGCAGCCUAUUUGAAAGUAGUAGAUGCCUGAAGGGUGUGCCGCAAGAAUUGCAAAAACCAAAACCAGAUGACUUAGGCAAGUUAGUUCCGUUUGUGCUAUUAGGCAGAGCAAAUAUUCCAGGGUCCCUAAUGAGUUUUCCUUACUCCAGAACAAAAAGAGAAGUUUCUAUCGCUGCAGGGACAGCUUCUCUGACGGCAGCGCUGCACUGAUGAGAAAAUUUACAGUCAGCUCAACUGGCAUACAGUCGGUGCCGAACUAGAUGUGACAUGAGAACUCUGUGGUCGGAGACAGUAUUGUGUAAUGGUUAGGGUUUUGGACUACAGUGGUACCUCGGGUUAAGAACUUAAUUCGUUCUGGAGGUCCCUUCUUAACCUGAAACUGUUCUUAACCUGAGGUACCACUUUAGCUAAUGGGGCCUCCCGCUGCCACCACGCCACCGCCACACAAUUUCUGUUCUCAUCCUGAAGCAAAGUACUUAACCCGAGGUACUAUUUCUGGGUUAGCGGAGUAUGUAACCUGAGGGACCACUGUACUGCUACAGAGACCAGUGUUCAAAUUCCCAUUCGCUGUGUAUCCCCUUGCUACUUCACCUCAAAUUCCUUGGGAGAAAGGCAGGAAACAAUGGAAUGAAUGAAUGAAAUUAACUCCCCUUCUCCUUCUCCUUCUCCUUCUCCUUCUCCUUCUCCUUCUCCUUCUCCUCCUCCUCCUCCUCCUCCUCCUCCUCCUCCUCCUCCUUCUUUAUUGAAUUUAUAUCCUGCCCUAUACUCGGAUGCCUCGGGGCGGUUCACAGAACAAAAUCAAAAUAUAAAACCGCAAAAUAUAUAAUCAAAGCAAAAACAGCAACCCAAUCACCCCCCCCAAAAAGAACCACAUUUUAAAAGGGCAUAGGAUGUCAAUCAAAUCCUAUAAACAAAAGUUAACUGUACUGAACCUAAUCUGGGUCAGAACUGAGUGGUGGGAUUGACUUUCCCCCUGCUGUUUCCCCUGCUGAAAAUCGCCCACUACCACCAGCGUUAGAAACUGAGUUAUGAAAGCUAGGAGCUAAACAGCUCCUUUAACCUAGCUUAUGGGCGCAACAACAGAAUGUUUAGGCACACUUUUUUUAUACAAAGCUGAAAUAUAAUGCCAGCUAAAAUAUUAUGUUGAUUUUUCACAUGGUUUAGUCCGUCCCCUGCCCACCCCCUAAUACUCUUAAGAGAGUCUCUUUUCCAGUCUUCAGAGAGUAGCUGGAACUAGGGGAGGCAGAAAAAGGUCUUCCUUUCCUUCCACUCUGCAGUUUUAAUCUGAAAUCUUAGGUGCAGUACAGUGCCCAGAGCUCAGAAACGGCUCACACGAUUGAAAUUCCCAGUCGCAAAAUGUGCCUAGAACAACGGGAGUUUCAAACACUUGACUACCACCACCUGCAAGUUGCUAUUUACACCCGCUGGUAAUAUUUACAGUUGUUGAUGAAAAGGGGAGGGUAUAAUUUUGAACAUGUUAACCUGCCUUCUCCCUGCACCAUGCUUCUGAUCAAAACGAGACUUAGUUUUCUCUUCCUUCCCCCACACAGCUGGUUUUUUUUUAAAAAAAAAUAAAUUAAAUUAAAUGGCAAAAAUUAAAGAACAAUCUGCUUAACCUUUUCAUUAGGAAAAAAGGAACGAAACCUUGGUCCAAUCUGUUCUGUGUCCCAUGCUUAAAUGUACAUUAUUUUGUACUUCGUAGAUCAGCUAUUUUCUCUCAUUUUCUGCCUUGAGGGAACUGUUAUCCUGAACUGCCUCAUGGCUGCCACAGGACUCCUGAGUAUUCAAGAGGAUUGUAAGGGUGCCCACUCAAUUCGCACUGGGUGCCGGUUAGGGCCUUUGGCCCUCACCGUGUGAAUUGAAACCGUGACUGUAAACAACAACUCAACACCCAGAUCUGUCUGCGCAUUGCAGGGGGAGAUUGAUAGCAGAGGGCAAGCUCUCUGAGCUAUCUGCCAUUACUGAUAUUCUAACUGAAGUACCCCUUCAAAACUUGCAAGGAAACACGGGAUUCCCUAGAACCCAGUAUGGAUUGCACCUUCAUUCGAAAGAUGUCGCCACGAACAUUAAGGGAAAAUGUGCUUCAAGAAGUCUGUUGGAAAAUAUGUGAAUAGAUGUAGCCUGAACUUAGUUCAAGAAAUAGAAUGGCUUGCAAUUCACAUUGGGAUUAUAAACCAGCAGGUGGCAUUGCGCUCCUAAAGAUUUCGGUGUACAUGUUUCCUUUUACCCUAAGAAGGCAGAAGACAAAUGCAACAUGUUGGCUUAUCCCUGCCUUCCAAAAGCCUGUCCAGAGUUGCUUCUCAGAGAAACUCACUUAUCUUGGUUGUAGUGGGUCAAGAAAAUGAGCUAUGAACAAACCACUCCAUUUCAGGCUUCCUUUUUUAAAUGUGAGGAGAUGACAAUAAAACUGGUCUAGCUUGCAGGGUUAUGAUAAGUGUAAUAUAUGUGCAGCACUUAAGCAAAUGUCAUAUAAAUACAAAGCAUAAUUCAUAGUUUUGUAUUGUGGCGGUUUUCAAGGACAAAAUAACCUUAAAUUGUACCCAGAAGACUAUAGAAAGUCAGUGAAGACCCUGGAGUACUGAUGUAAUAUAUACUUUUAGUACUUGCUGUCCCAGUUACUCUCCAGUCACUCAUAAAGGCCUAGGCCCUAUUUCAAUAAUCAAGUCUACAAGUCGAGAGGAAUGUUAAGAUAAUUAUAGGAUAGAAAACAGAGGAAGAUGGAAAGGAAUUGCUGAAACAACUAGCAGAAGUGGAAUACAAAAAGGGAGGUGUGAGGAGGUCGUGGAAACAAGUGAACGAAAGAUAAGAUAAUGAAAUGGUUUGAUGUGUUUUAAAUGGGUUUUGUUUUUGUUUUAUUAGUUUUAUGUGUUAGUGUUUUGUAGUGUUUUUGUAUUGUAUUGCAUUGUCUUCUUUUUUAUGUUUUUUCUUUUGUAGUGUUGUGUUUAAAUUGUUGGAAAAUUAAUAAAUAUUAUAUUUUUAAAAAAUACAAGUCGGGAGGAAUGUUUGCUUUGUGUGCGUUACAAGUGAACUGUAGUGAUCACAAAAUUAUAAAUAAGAAACACAUGUCAAUUUUGGGGUGGUCAAAGAGUGGCCUGAUGCAGUCGUAGAUAGUGAAUGUUUUGCUUUACUGUCUCUCAGGUAAAAAUGCCAGAUGUCGAGUUUUUUGUCAAUUUGGGAGACUGGCCUCUGGAGAAAAAGAAAUCCUCUCAGGACAUCCACCCCAUAUUUUCCUGGUGCGGAUCCAACGAUUCAAAAGACAUUGUGAUGCCAACCUAUGACCUGACAGACUCUGUUUUAGAAACAAUGGGCCGGUAAGAGUUCCUACCAAGGUUCUGGAAGUUGUCCCACAUCUUACAAUGUUUCUUGUUGACGGUGUUCAUUGGUGCUGCAGUUAGCAGUGGGUACAAGCCAUUACCUUAUGCAUGGAAAAUGGGAAGCCAGACAGCAUAGCUGUCAACCGUCCCUUAUUUGGCGGAAAACUCCCUUAUCCCAGCACCGUGUCCCACUGCUGUCCCGGAUUGAUGAUGUCCCUUAAAUUUCCCGGGUUUCAUGCUCGCCCGGCUCGGGAGGGAAGCAGCUGCUCGGGGUCCACCGCUGCGAGAGAGAGCGUGCGCAUGAGCUGCCACGUCUCCGUCUCUCCCUUUUACCCCUCAGGGGUGCGUUGUGAGGAGGCAGUGGGCGGCGGGCAGGCAGGCAGCCCCUCUCUUGCGAGACUUCCGCCGCGCUGCCAGAGGAAGCCGGAGGCAGCUGAGGAGGCGGCCUGAGGGAGGAGGAAGAGGAGGGGAUGGGGAGGAACGCAGAAGGGCGGCGCUUCAGCGGCCACUGCGGCACCGCAACCAGCUCAUACCGGGCUCGCGGGCGAGAGUCUAUCUUCCUCCCUCUCUCUCGGGUGGGGAAGGGCCGAUGGAACUCCUCGCACCAGGACGACGGCAGCCCCGACGUGCAUAACCUAAGCAAAAUCCCUUAUUUUGGCUGCUGAUCCCUUAUUUUCAAGGCUGCUGGUCCCUUAUUUUCAAAUCUGUAAGUUGACAGCUAUGGGAUACAGACAAGAGGGGGAAAGAAGGAGAUAGGCAACCCAGUCAGAUAGGCGGGGUAUUACUAUUAUUUAUUAUUAUUAUUAUUGAAUAAGGCGUCCCUAGUUUCAUCAGAGAAAUCUUGCAGGGCAUGAUUGAAAAGUCAGGAAAGUGAGAGCGCCUAGUUAUGGGUGCCUUUGCCUCCACCCAUCCCAGUCAGGAAUAGAAACACAAAGUUUCCUCACAGGUCUCUCUGAGCAUACUGGUUUUCAUGCUAUCUUCUCACUUCUGGUGAAAUGGCAAAAGGUACAAACCCCACAUCCCUUACAAGAAGAGAAGACUUGGCCCUCCGGAGUCUCUCGCUGGGCCAUGUCACCUGCCUUUCAGCCAGAAUCGGUGGAGGUUCCUCAGGGACAUAUUAAUACGGAGGUGCCACACGCUCUGCCUGGAAGCUCCAACAACUGUGGACAAAUAUCCCGUUUUCUCUCAACAGAGUCAGCCUGGACAUGAUGUCUGUCCAAGCAAACACCGGGCCGCCUUGGGAAGAGAAGAACGCCACGGCGAUAUGGCGGGGCCGAGACAGCCGCAAAGAAAGGCUCGAACUUGUGAAAAUGAGUAGAAAGUACCCAGAAAUAAUCGAUGCGGCGUUUACGAACUUCUUCUUUUUCAAGCAUGAUGAAAGUCUCUAUGGCCCCAUUGUGAAGCAUAUUUCCUUUUUCGAUUUCUUCAAGGUACGAUACAAAGGUGAUUGUGCUUAGAAAAGCCUUUAGAGAGGUUCCCCUCCCCUUUUUUUAAAUUAUAUUGAGAUGUUGACAGCUGCCCAGCUCCCAGAUAUUAAAAAGCGUAUCUUACAAGUUUUUGUAGCGCUAUCACCCAGUUCUAUGGAGGCUGUAUCUAGAUUAUAAUUUUCCAGAAACCUUAAAGUGUUACUAUAGCCAUUGUUGCUUGGGAUAAACAAGUUCACUUUGUCCAAAUUGCUGCGGUUCUAGAUGCCUCUUAAGACAAUCUGUGCAGGUGGUUUUAUUUUUCCACAUUAUUUCCCUGCAUGUUUUGGUGAGGCAAAAUGAGACCUUAAAUUCUAAUUUAAGCCAGUAAAUGGAAGAUGGUUUUUCUGUGACCAGAGGUAUGAUCCAAAACCGCCCCGAGCCUUUUACAACUGAAUUUUUCAAAGGCUUGGGCUGGUUUUAACGUUAUUAAAAUUAUCCCUCUAAUGUGGAGAUCAUAUAACAAGCAACUUCCACUUGUUGGUCCUCUGAGAUGAGAGGUAACAUUGGUCUUGGGCUUACAGUUUUCGUUUGCCCAAUUAAAUGUCGUAUUUCUAUGCCAGUUCUGCCAGUUCCUAGUGGUUGCCGGUGCCGAUGCACAGAUAUUUCACGCUAUUCACUUGGCUCAUGUUGUAAGCUUGGUAAUGUUAUAACAUGAAGUAUUGCAAGGCGAAAGUAGUUUUCAUGGUCUCCAUGUGGGGCUUAAAUGUCUCAAGCAGACUUCAGCGAAGCUGUGCGAUGCACAUUACUGCUCUAGACAUGUUUCUCUGCCUGCACAGACCAUAAUCAUCAGAAGACACACCCCAUACGUACACCCCAUAACAUUUUGUGAAUGUCCAUUUACUCUAUUUAUUUUUCCCGAUUUGAACUAUAAAAUGGUGAUAUUCUUGAGUCAAAAUGAAAGUACCCCUAAACAUUUUUUUAUAGAAAAAAGGCACUGUAUAUAUAUUUUCAAAAUAAAAACCUCAGAUUGCUUUACAACUUUUGGAAAGCUUAAAAGAAUGAGACUGCCUUAGUAAUAAUUAAGCUUUGAUUAAUUUUGUGAAUGGUUAGUAAGAUAUACAGCAAUGUGUGAUAUGUAAAAUGAACCAUGGAAAGAGAUGAAGGGAAGACAUUGGAUAUUUUAAAGUUCGUAAAAUGUUUUAUUUGACAUUGUGAAACAGAAAAUUUAAUAAUUAAAAAAAUUAUUAUAGAACUUCAAAGGUACAGGAGAAUACGAAAACGAACCCAGCUAAACCUGAUUAAGAGCUCACACAUUAUGUUUAUGGGUUAAAAGCAUAGCAUAGUUAUGAAAGCAACAGACUUGUGAGCGGACAUGGGGCAAUGGAUCCAAACUACAAGAAAGAAGAUUCCACCUAAACAUUAGGAAGACCUUCCUGACAGUAAGAGCUGUUCUACAGUGGAAUUUGCUGCCAAGGAGUGUGGUGGAGUCUCCUUCUUUGGAGGUCUUUAAGCAGAGGCUUGACAACCAUAUGUCAGGAGUGCUCUGAUGGUGUUUCCUGCUUGGCAGGGAGUUGGACUCGAUGGCCCUUGUGGUCUCUUCCAACUCUAUGAUUCUAUGUGAGAAAUCCAGUAUUGGCUGGAGCUCACUAUUAAGGGUAUAUCUGGUGGCAAACCCAGGUUUGCUGCUAAGUAAAUGUAUAAAAAUAUCCUAAAUGUUCUCUGAAAUCCUGUAGUGGAGAGAACCCCACAACAAAUCUACAGGCCGCCUGCUUAUGAAUUUUGUGUUGUGUGUUUUGCAGUAUAAAUACCAAAUUAAUAUCGACGGCACAGUGGCCGCGUACCGACUGCCUUAUCUGCUAGCAGGAAGUAGCGUAGUGCUAAAGCAGGACUCCAUCUACUACGAACAUUUUUACAACGAGCUACAACCGUGGAAACAUUAUCUUCCUUUCAAAAGCGACCUAAGCGAUCUCCUGGAGAAGCUGCAGUGGGCCAAAGACCACGACGAAGAGGUGAAAAUACAAUGGGGCCUGCACAGAUGUUGCAAAAUUAUGUUCCCACAGCUCUUAGGAGUUUCUUGUGGGGGGGAUUCCUGAAUCUAAGCAUGCAGUGGAAAGCUGGGUGUGGAGUUUUGGCUUGCAGUAAACUGGCAAGAAGGUAAAGGUAAAGGGACCCCUGACCACUAGGUCCAGUCGUGACCGGCUCUGGGGUUGUGGCGCUCAUCUCGCUUUAUUGGCCGAGGGAGCCGGCGUACAGCUUCCGGGUAAUGUGGCCAGCAUGACUAAGCCGCUUCUGGCGAACCAGAGCAGCGCACGGAAACACCGUUUACCUUCCCGCCAGAGCGGUACCUAUUUAUCUACUUGCACUUUGAUGUGCUUUCGAACUGCUAGGUUGGCAGAAGCAGGGACAGAGCAACGGGAGUUCACCCCAUCGCGGGGAUUCGAACCGCCAACCUUCUGAUCGGCAAGUCCUAGGCUCUGUGGUUUAACCCACAGUGCUUGCAGUAAAUCUUAAAGAAGGUGGAUUUGCAGGUAAAAAGUGGGAGGCGAGGAAAAAGCUAGUGCACGACUAGGAAUGCAGUUGUUUUUCCUUCUCCCUCUCCAAUUCCCCCCUUUUUGGAAUCAGUCCUGUUAAACUCAAAUGUUCUGGCACCACAUUGGGACUUUUGGUUGGUGCUAAUAAAAGGUAUAGAUUCACAGCCCCUGUCUGGAUUCAUUGCACAAAAUCCCUGAUGGAUUUAUGCCCUUAAGAAUCACUUCUCCCAGCUAAUGGAAUGUUAGUCUGUUUGAGACUUGGGGUGGGGCAGUUUGCCUAUAAUGGACUCAUUCAAUUUGAUAAAGUUUGACACAUGUGAAAACUGGAAUUUUAAUUGAUUUGGGUUGGGUGGGACUGAGCAAGAAGAAGGGAAAUGGGCAUUCUAAGAAAAUUAAAGUUUUAACAUGAAGAUACCUUACCUCUCCCCCACCUGUUAUCCCUGACAGGCAAAGAAUAUUGCAAAAGCGGGACAAGAAUUUGCAAGAAACAACCUCAUGGGAGACCAUAUAUUUUGUUAUUACUUCAAACUUUUUCAGGUCAGUUCUCUCUUUGAUUACGGAAAUGUAAAUAUAAGAAUGCCUUAAAUAUAAUGAACUAAAGUGACUUUCCAGUUCUGUGGAGGGACAAACACAUGACUGUUCCUAUAUUUAUUGCCAUACAUGAGGUAAAGGUAAAGGACCCCUGAAUGGUUAAGUCCAGUCAAAUUUUACUAUGGGGUGCAACGCUCAUCUCCGCUUUCAGGCCGAGGGAGCCAGCGUUUGUCCACAGACAGCUUUCCAGGUCAUGUAGCCAGCAUGACUAAACCGCUUCUAAAACGGGACACCGUGAUGGAAGCCAGAGUGCAUGGAAAUGCCAUUUACCUUCCCACUGCAGCGGUACCUAUUUAUCUACUUGCACUGGUGUGCUUUUGAACUGCUAGGUUGGCAGCAUGAGUUAAAUGUUAAGGUUUGUUUAAACAAACGCUUUAUUAAUUUCUUUAUCAGCUACAUUAAUAUAAUACAGUUACAUUUCCAAGAACAAUAAACAUACAGUCUUACCUUGGAAGUCGAACGGAAUCCGGUCCGGAAGUCGGUUCGACUUCCCAAACCUAAGUGUGGCUUCUGAUUGGCUGCAGGAAGCAUCUGAAGCCUUGUCGGACGUUUGACUUCCAAAAAUAGGUUGCAAACUGGAACAGUCACUUCUGGGUUUGUGGCAUUCAGGAGCCAAAACGUUUGAGAACCAAGCUGUUCGAAAACCAAGGUAUGCCUGUAUUACACAUAUAUCCAAAAACGAAACUCGCUGAUCAGGUAGCAAGCAGCUGGGUGAAUUCACCACCACCCCAGUCCCAAAGUACAGUGGACGCUCGGGUUGCGAAUGUGAUCCGUGCGGGAAGCAUGUUCACAACCCACAGCGUUCACAACCCACAGCGCCACCUCUGCGCACGUGUGGGUUGGGAUUUGGCACUUCUGCGCAUGUGCAAAGUGCAGUUUAGUGCUUCUGCGCAUGCACAAGCACUGAAACCCGGAAGUACCCUGUUCCAGUACUUCCAGGUUUGGCGUGGUGCACAACCUGAAAACACACAACCCAAAACGUCUGUAACCCGAGGUAUGACUGUAUAGAAGCACCUUCACAAUCCCUAAUUCCGCCUUUGUUACAUAUAAUCAUACUGGUGCUAUUGUGGUAUAUCAAAUCUGUUAUGUGUGCAUUAGUCGUGGGUUCAAGCUCCACGUCGGGCAAGAUUCCUGCCCAAAAGAAGACCCUCGUAGUCCCUUCUAACACAAUAGUUCUCUGAUUUAACAUCCCUUCAAGCCGUCCAUUCAAAUUGAUGGGCAUCCUUUUAAAACAUUACCCGUGGUGUUUAAUAACCAAGAUCUGCAAGUAAGCACCGUGUGAAAGGUAUGCCCUGAAAAUUAAGCUGGCAUUUUGUUAAAGAAGCAUCCCGACUUCCACAAAUCCCAUUCUAAUGUGGAGGGAUCUGUUCCUCAAAGCAGCAAUCAGCAAAGAUCAAAGAGCCCAGCUUUAGAAAGCCCCUCCCGAAACACAGCUGAAAAUGUCUGUGCAUUAACACGGAGGUACUGAUAUUUCAGCAAGUCACCAGGUGCAGCCCGUGUCAGCUUACAGUUUCUGUGAUACCGAAUCUCAGGUUCUUCCCCGCGAGGUUUGCUGGAGCAAUGGGCAAUUCAUUGGUUGCAGCUUUUCCAACACUGAGUGCGCAAGUAUAAGAGGUGUCCCCCCCCCUUUUUUUUAAUUUUUAAAUUAGGAAUAUGCCAAACUACAAGUGACUGAACCAAAAGUGAGAGAUGGCAUGGAGAAAGUGGAACAGCCAGAUGACGACCUUUUCCCCUGUAGUUGCCACCGGAAAAAGGUACAGUAUGUACAAGUUAACAUUUUAGGAACUGUUUGUUCAGGGGCCUGACCUACCACUUAUUUAACUGGGAACAUCUUAUGCCUCACAUGUUCGGAUUCUAAGUUGGGGAAAACAGAUUUUGUUAUGGGUGCCAACAGAAUCCCUUGCUGCUUUUCCAUAUACAGUGGACGCUCGGGUUGCGAACGUGAUCCGUGCAGGAUGCACAUUUGCAACCCGCAGCGGCACAUCUGCACACACGCAGAUUGCGAUUCGGCGCUACUGCGCAUGCACAAAGCAUGAUUUAGCUCUUCUGUGCAUGCGCGACUGCCGAAACCCGGAAGUAACCUGUUCCGGUACUUUCGGAUUUCAGCGGUCCGUAACCCAAAAAAAACACAACCUGAAGCGUCUGUAACCCGAGGUAUGACUGUAUUGAGGGAGGCAGAGAUUUUCACAACUAAUGCCAGUGGUUUAACAGAAAACCACUGAGGAUGUUUUGGAGUGGGUUAAAUCCUGCUAAGUCAUGGAGGUAGCGUGAGGCAGGAAAGCAGGAGUUGCAAGUUCACAGAAGCCAGCUGUGAGUAUUUCACCUAGUUUUUUGUUCCGAAGGAAAUUAUGUGUUUAGCCAAGGAAGUCUGGGUUUUUCUGGAUGCAAAAAUCAUGCAGCAGAUUUAUCUUACGAUGUGCAGUUCUCCAGUUUGCUUUUUCCUGUUUCACAGAACAUACUCAAGUUUUGGCAGUCGUGGUAAGGAGAAAUUCAGAUCGCAAAAGCCUUGACCUAAACACGUAGAAAUCUCAAGUCGGCCACCUCUCUUGGUUCUUGAGAUUUCAGCAGGAAUUACCCACACGCUUUCUAGCAUAUGUUCGCAACCAUAAGAACUAGCAAUUUGCUUUUGAAAAAGAUAAAAAGUAAAAAAAAUGAUAUUUUAAGGAAGCUGAAUUAACAAUGCACCCAGGACAUUGUGCUUUUUCUAUAUGCUAUAAGACAUGCACGAUGCAGUUCUCGCUCACACACAAAAAACGCAGGGCGUCUAUCGCAGAGAAAAUGUCUUCCUUGCAAAAGGCCAUCUUACCAUUCUGUCAAUGAAGUUGUGUUGCCGAUGUGAGCCAGAAAGAGUUGCAAAUUUUUAAAAAAUGAAACAAUAUUGCAAGUCAUCAUGGGUCAAAUCAAUGAAGAAAGAGGGGUUUGCUGUGACUUCCUCUGAAUCCAUUUUGUAGUAGGAAGAUGAGUAUUUUGGAACUCGUGGAAAAAAAUGUUUCAAAAUGGGAGUUGUAUUCCAAACAUUCCAUCCCAUUCUAACAUGACCAGAAAACAGAAGUCAAGAUGCAGCAUAGAGUGCUUAUGGGUUUCUUGUGAAUCUGACUGUUGUUGUUAUUUAAAUUUACAAAUAUAAAGCUGAGCAGGUAGAAGGCAGGCAGUGGUAAUUCUGAAAUACCACCAGUCUUGCACACCAACACAAACCCUAGGGUUCCUUUCAGAGACCCCUGAAAUCUAGAACAUUGCUCUCACUUGCUUUUUCCAAUGAAAUUAUAAUGUGCAAAUAAAUCCUCUCUGCACCCAUCUAGGCAAGUGGGUAUGAUACAGCCCAGGAACUUAUAAUUAAGUACAGACCAUCAUAGCUCAUUAACCAGGGGCUUAAUUUUUCACUAUUAUGGACAGCUCUGCAAAAAUAAUCUAUAGAGAGAAGGAACUUUUUCUGGAACAUAAGAGUCUGCUCAAAAUACUAUAACGUAAAGCAAAGUUGUUCAGGACUUUCAACCGUGAAAUAUUUUCUUCUUACUUACAGGUCAAAGAGGAACUUUAA